AUGCCAGCUAAGCAAACCAAAAACUCCCACAAGCGCGCUUACACCAUCUCAAAGCUCUUUAUCAGCGACUACGAUAAGUUCCAGCAGGGACUAAGACAGGUCUUCGGUGUCGGUCCAAACCAGGAAACCACAUGGGGCUUCCGCGAGGAUGAGACAGAUUUAACCAUCGUCGCUCUUGUUCCGGGACCUGAUGAUCUCCUGAAGGAACUCCAAGGGUUUGGGUAUGUUGAGAAGCAGGCGAUGGAGAAGAAGAUCUCUGGGUCAUUGAAGCAGUAUUACAGAAAGAGAUCUUAG